AUCAGAUAUAUUUGCAUUAAAUUCAACAAGUGUUAUCACAAGGGAUAUUGAUGCUGUUGCACUUUAUCUUAUUAAACAAAAAAUGUUGCAAACAACAUCCAAUGUAAUAGAAUUUCAGACGGAUGGACCAAGGGUAAGAUUAUUUUAGUAAAAACAUAGAGAUAUAAAACUGAUAUUACAAAAUUCUUCAAGUUGCAUGUUAAUAAACUAUAAUAAUAUAUAAAACAUUCAUAAAUUACAUAGUAUUUUAGCCUUUAUGCUUCACAUCAACACCAAAAGCAUAUAAAGAAAGUAAAGAUGCAACUUUACGAACAGUUCGCAAACGACAAUUACAGUUAAACAAUUACAUAAGCACAACGUGUGGUGAAAGCAUUAUGUCGAAAAUCAAGCAAACCACUACUCUUUUGGAAUCUUUCAAUGAAAAUGAACAAGAAGUUAUUCUAAGUAAUUCAAAUAUUUUAAAAACCAAAAUAUCAGCUGAAGAAAUAAUAAGUUUAAAAGCUAACAUGAGCAGUACCUAUGCCAACAUGAAAAUAUUAUCUAGGUGGUUGAAAACCAAGAACAUCAUUUGUGCUUCAAACGCACAACAAAGAUGCGUUGCUAAGAAAUGGUCAUGUGAUGAUCUUAUUAUUGAAAAAGCUCCAUUUAUGGUUGAAAAAAAAGAGUCCAAAGGUUCUUAUGAAAUAAAAGAAUUGCCAUGUGCUUAUAUUAAAAAUCUGUAA